AUGGAAGGUCAGACGAAUUUAAUGGGGUCUCUAUGGCAGUCGAUCAAGGCUGCAAUUGCCUGGGUUGAGGUUCGUCUAAAAGCUGGAAAUAAAAUGCAAAGUGGGGAUGAGAAGUUACUGAAUGCACUUGCCAUACCAUUUAAGGUCCCCAAGGAGAAAAGAGUGUGCAUUGUAAAAUGGCAAAAGCCGGUGAAGGCAUGGUUUAAACUGAACGUCGAUGGAAGCAGCCUCGGAAACCCAUGCCGUUUGGGGGCGGGAGGGUUUAUAAGGGACGAUGAGGGGAGGUUGAAGCUAGUGUUUUCCAUAGGAUUGGGUCACGGCACAAACAAUUCGGUAGAACCCAUGGCUCUUCUCCAUGGCUUGAGGUAUUGCAGAGAACUUGGACUUGUGCAGCUGGAAAUGGAGUUAGACGCUCUGUUAGUGGUGCAUUGGCUGGAGAAAAAGUUGUGUGGGAUCUGGUACUUAGAGGAAUAUUGGGAAGAAAUUCAAUGGCAUCUCUCUAAAAUGCAAGUUGUGGUAAGGCACGUUUUGUUACGCCCUGUCCCCGAGGGUCCGGAGAGUUUACUCAUGUCGCCUAAAAAUCAUUUUCCAUCCACAUAG